GCAGGAUGUUGGAUGGCCCGCUAUUCUCCAAGGGGCCUAAUAGCCCCCAGGAGCCCCAGGAUGAAGAGUCUGGCAGCUGCCUUUGGGUGCAGAAGUCCAAGCUGUUGGUGAUCGAAGUGAAGACUAUUUCCUGUCAUUAUAGUCGCCGUGCCCCUUCUCGACAGCCCAUGGACUUCCAGGCCAGCCACUGGGCCCGCGGGCUCCAGAGCCGCACGUGUGGGCCGCGUCCGGGAGCCCCGGAGCCGCCUCCCCGCCGGCCCUGGGCCUCCAGGGUGCUGCAGGAGGCGACCAACUGGCGGGCGGGGCCCCCGGCCGAGCUCAGAGCCCGGGAGCAGGAGAAAAGGAAGGCGGCGUCGCAGGAGCGGGAGGCCAAGGAGACCGAGCGAAAAAGGCGCAAGGCUGGUGGGGCCCGACGGAGCCCCCCGGGUCGGCCCCGCCCAGAGCCCCGGAACGCCCCUCGCGCCGCCCAGUGCGCCCCGCGACGGCGCUGGGCCCGGCCGCCACCCUACGUGGCUCCACCUUCUUACGAAGGCCCCCACCGGACCUUGGGGACUAAGCGAGGCCCCGCGCCCUCCCAGCCGCCCACCUCUUCAGCCCCAGCUGUGACCCCGGCCAGGACAGAGGGAGGGCGCUCAAAGAAGAGGCUGGAUCCUCGGAUCUACCGGGACGUCCUCGGGGCUUGGGGUCUCCGACAGGGGCGUGGUCUCUUGGGGGGAUCUUCAGGGUGUGGAGCGACCAGAGCAAGGCCCGAGUCCUGCAAGGGGGCUGCAGAGAAAAGCCGGAGGCUGGCCACUGCUAGCCUGAACAAUGGUAGCGAUGGCUAUUCCCAAGCCAAAGCUACAGCGAACCCCAGCAGGGAGACAGCUCCCUCGGGGUCAGCAACUGCGACUCCUAGCUCCCCGCGUCCUGCUCCCAGGUCCAGGCACCACCUCAAGAGCUCUAGGGAAGGGAAAGAAGGAAGAGAACCGAUCUGGAUCCCCAAAUGCUGGAUUCCCUCCCCUAAAAAGCAGCCGCCCCAGCACAGCCAGACACUCCCCAGACCCUGGGCUCCAGGAGGCACGGGAUGGACAGAGUCCCUGGGUCAUAGAGAUAGGGCGGGACCCGAGACCCCGGAGGGUUGGAAGGCUACCCGCCGCGCCCAUACCCUGCCCCGUAGUUCCCGAGGUCCGGCUCGAGGAGAAGGCGUCUUUGUCAUUGACGCCACUCGCGUGGUAAUAAGGUCUCAGUACGUUCCGACCCCCCAAACCCAGCAGGUGCACCUUUUGCCCUCUGGGGUGCCACGCACUGUGGGGGACGCCCCCAGCCCUCCGAAGCCCCAGAAGGAGGGCGAGGAGGCUGUGGUCUUCCCUUCCCCUUACCAAAAGCUGCUGGUGAACAGUCGCCUUUUACCCCAACCUGGCCUGGGGCGCGGCUAUGAAGCUGAGGGCGCAAAGCCAGGGGACUCCUCACUGGAGGAGCGCGCCUCCCGCAUCUUGGGGCUCCCAGUCGGCGAAGUAAACCUGCGGGACACCCCUGCGCAGCUAGGUAGCCCGGAGCACCCAGCCUUAGGCCCAGCGGCUUUGGGAAGCGCGGGCACCGCAGAGGGGCAGGAAGUGGCGGGGGGGCCCCGCCGCCACACCGCCCCGGAUUCAGACUCCGACGAAGCUGAGGAGCCCAGCGUUCAUAGCGGCUCCUCUGAUGGAAGCGACGCAGAAGCUCCAGGCGCCUCCUGGCGGAAUGAGAGGACCCUGCCCGGGGAUGGGAAUCCCAGGCCCGGGGAAGGCGGGAAGGCAGCAGAACUGCGGCAGUAUCCGGGGGAUUCUAGAUGUCAUCAGUCAAACCGAAGAGACCCUCUUGGGAGCGAGGGACACCAAGGGGACCCCACAGCGAAAUAGGGAGAGGCAGUGAAAGGCCCCUUCUUGUAUUCGCUUCCCCCAGCCCAGCCGCCCUUGGUCCCACUAGUCCCCCUCUUUCCCCACGGACUUCCUUUGCUUCUUUUCCUUGUACCCCUACCGUUCCCAGACUUGAAACAGAACUGAAAGAAAAGGGAGCGUAUGUUCAUUUGUGGUUUUAUUUCAGGAGCGGUGCGGGUGAGCAGUAUUUCCUGCGGCUGCGCUCAGGGCAAAGGGUGAGGUCUUCAGCAGGGCCUGAUGCGUUAAGUGGGAACCUGAGAGCAAAGAGGCCUAGCCGAUCAGGCAGGAAGGCAGGGAUGGCGGCAGUCAUAGGAGGGCAACCAGGAGGCUUUGGACAGGGUGAUAAAGUGACCAGGUGAUAGAGGGGUUCUUGGCCAAAGAGACAUGGGUCCAGAGGCAACCAGCAAAGCAGGAAAAGAUCUCGCCGUCCUAGCUCUUCCACUGACUUGCUGGUUCCCUCUCUGGGCCUCCUGAUAUGCCACCUGAUAGGUCCAUCCCUCUAUCCCUAACAUUCUGGGAUCUUUGGGGAGCCUCUCUGUCAAACAAGCCAAAAAGAGUCAGGAAUAAGUGAAAGUGUGUGGUCUCCUUGUCACCCAGCGCUCAUCUUCAAUUCAGGAGACUGUUCAGGACUUGCAAAAGAGCUGAGUAUGUGGGGAGGUUGCUCCUAUCCGUCUCUAAGGUUUAGGUAAGGGCUCUCCAAGGCAAGACAGGAUAGUGGCCUUGUCACUGUCCCUGGCCUGUGGUGGUCCAAGCUGGGGAGGGAAGGCAGCCAAUGAAUCAGCUUGGGACCUCUUUAGGCCUCCCCUUCCCCUCCACCCCAAUGUCCUUUAGUGAUGCUCUGAAACCCACGGUUUCCCACUCAGGUGACAUUGCUCACCUGAAAGAGCCCUGAGAAUCUCUAAUCUGCUUCUUCCAGAAACCGGCCAGGCAAGAAAGGCUUGUCCCAGGAAGCGCGUAGGUGUGGGGUGUGAUGCUCGCUGUAGCCACGAUGGGGCGCGCGCAGGCCGCAGAGUUCCCAGUUCCCAGUCUCUGAGUCCCUACUCCCCCGACACUGCCUGUGAAUCUGAUCCCGAUCCCUCGUUACCGCGCGCCUGUCCCCGCCUUACCGCCUCCAGCCCGGAGGGGCCGGGAGCAGGCCUCCGGCCUCCCAGACAUCUGGAGCGCGCCGAGCCCCUCUUUGUAUUCGUCCAAGCCAACUGGCUUGGGACUUGGACACCGAAGUAUUUUUUCUCUCCAACCCUGGACACCGCUGUCUCUGCCAUUUACUGGCCAUGUGGACUUGGCCAAAUCACUUCACCUCCCUGAGCCUCAGUCUCCUCAUCUGUUAAAUGGGGGUUUAUAAACACCUACCUCGCAGGGUUGUUGUGAGGAUUUAAUGCGAUAAUGUAUGUAAAGCGCCUUGCACAGUGCCUGGCAUCCUGUGGCGCUCAAUAAAUCUAAGCUUCCCUUUA